AUGAUAUACUCUUCUGGAAGAGAAUCAUACUUCAACAUGAACUCAACCUGGUAUGAUCCCUCGGGGUCCUGGCUGGACACCCGGCGCACGCCCUUCCGCUACGGCUACAACACCUGCUCCUCGGGGUGCGACGGCGAAGGCGUUGAAGGCAUGAGAGGUCACAACUACCGUCAUUACGGCUAUCGGCAACCAGUCUGCUCUGAGAGAUGCCACGGCUAUGCUACUGCUGAUUCGUGCCACAGAGGCGGGGGAUCGAGCUGUGUCAGGAGACCCACAUACAGCUACGGGUCAUCGGGGGGAUGCCACAGCUACGGGAGGUCGGUCUGCUCCGAGAGAUGCCAAGGGUCCUCAGGUUCAUGCCACGGAGGUGGUUCGAGCUGUGUCAGGAGACCCACGUACAGCUAUGGGUCAUCGGGGGGAUGCCACAGCUACGGGAGGUCGGUCUGCUCCGAGACGUGCCACGGAUCAGGGUACCAAGGAGGGAAGCCGUGCUACAGCAAACCAGCGCAGCGCGUCCCACAGUGCUGCCCGGUGCAGACCUGUCCCCCUCCGGUGCAGCAAGGUUGCGUGCCCGUGGCAAAGUGCAUCCCAAGCCAGCAGCAAAAGCAGGUCUGCAAAGUGCCAGCCCAGAAGAUAAAGUAG